AUGAUAAAAAAUAUGAAAACCACGGACUUUAGCGACAACCUCCUGGAUGCUCACGGGGGGAGCCCCGCACAAAUCUACCUGAAAAUUUCCUCCGACCCCAUGGAUGCGCAGAAUGAGGCAUCUGGGCAUCAUUGGACCAGACGAGAGAAAUAUGCCUGGUUUUUCACUCUGCUUUUCGGUACUACGGCUGUGUACGCCUCUCGCACCACGAUGCCGUUGGUGGCACCCGCUGCGGCCAAAGACUUAGCUUGGACCAAAACAGAAGUGGGCACCGUGCUCUCUUGUUUCUUUUGGGGCUAUACACUCACUCAGAUCUUGGGUGGAUACCUGAGCGACCGAUUUGGUGCCGAACGGGUUCUGCUUGCUUCCGGCAUUGUUUGGGGCUUCAUCACCUUCUGGUUCCACCAAAUUGUCUACUUGGUGUCGGAUCAUGAAAUGGCACUAAAUCUGAUUGUGCUCUCGCGUGUUGUUUUGGGAGCGGCUCAAGGUGUUCAUUUUCCGGCUUUGGCCAGUAUCUCCAGCACUAACCUGAACGUUCGGGAUCGUUCAUUCUUCUUCAGUGCUACCACGGCUGGUAGUGCUUUUGGCACAUUGUUAACUGGUACCUUGGGUUCCUAUUUAAAUGAAAGCUUUGGCUGGCCUCACGUCUUUUAUGCCAUUGGUCUGAUUUCCUUGGUUUGGGUGUCCGUGCUCAAAUACUACGCCAUGGAGCUGAAUCGAAACAGAAAACAGAUCCUGGGCCUCUCAGCUACUUCGGCCUUAUUGGGCAAUAGAGUGCCCUCAAAAUCCAACGUCCCAUGGUUGAAAUACCUUCGACAUCCUUCCUUAUGGGCGUGCAUCGUGUGCCACUUUUGUCAGAACAAUUGCUUCUUCAUCCUGUUAUCAUGGCUCCCUACUUACUUCCAUGACAAUUUCCCCGAGGCCAAGAGCUCCAUUUUCAAUGUGGUUCCUUGGCUUCUCAUGGUUCCAGGCAUUGUUUGUUCCAGUCUCCUCAGCAAUCGCCUAAUACACAGUGGAUAUUCGGUGGGACAAACGCGAAAAAUAGUGGAGGCCGUGGCUCUUCUCACUGAAGCUGUAUGCUUAGUUCUUAUAGGUUGGAUCAGAGUGUUUAAAGUUUGUCUGGGUUUGACUACUCUGGCCAUUUUUGCCAGUGCCUUCCAUAAGUUUGGCACCGUUCCAAAUGCGGUAGAUAUCGCCCCCAAACACUCUGGCAGCGUAUUCGGAAUUGUUAACACGGCAGGAUCCUUUGCAGGCUUUGUUGGAGUUUACAUUGCUGGAUACAUCCUCGAACUCUCUGGAAGCUGGUCCGCCGUUUUCAAUCUAACAGCGGUCAUUAAUUGCGUGGGUCUGUUCACGUUUGUUAUGGCGGGAAGUGGGCAACCUAUUCUCUGAGUAUUGACCAAAGAUCAUGCUUUUCCUGGACACUUUUUACAUCUACAGAGUAGACCUGUGAUACAAUUCAACCACUCUACAAUCAUCAGUUUGUUGUGAUACAAGUUUCUUUUUAAUGUGUUUGAACUCUCUAAAUAUGUCGUGUAUUUAAAGAAGAACAAUACAAUCGAACAUCAUGCACUUUAA